UGACCAACUGUGCAUUUCGACAAAAGAAAAACAUUCACACAAUAAUCAGCUGUGUAAUUGUUAUUAAUAAAUAACAGUUGUUUAUAUUGUUACAUCUUGCUUUUCAUACUGUACUGCACCGUUUUAUAAAAUGAAUAGUUCAUCGGAUCCUAGGCGACCAGAACGAGAAAUUCGUUAUAAACCCACUGUGUCAAGCAGUCAGGCACAACCAGGCGAUAAUUCAACUCCCGACUAUAUGAACAUAUUAGGAAUGAUCUUUAGCAUGUGCGGUUUAAUGAUGAGAUUAAAAUGGUGUGCAUGGGUAGCCUUAUAUUGCUCAUGUAUUAGUUUUGCUAAUUCUAAAGUGAGUGAUGAUACUAAACAAAUUCUUAGUAGUUUCAUGUUGUCCAUAUCAGCUGUUGUAAUGUCAUAUUUACAAAAUCCACAACCCAUGACUCCACCGUGGGCAUCAGCAAUACAAUAA